AAAAAAGAAAACCAUUUAAAAGCGGGUUGCUGUCAUAAAAUUGUUAACUGUAUUCCAUUUCGGCGGCUCAGUCGACUCUCACUUUCGUGGCUCCUUCCUCUCCUUCCCCCAAAUACCCCUUUCGUCUCUCUGUGGCUUUUUUACUCUUAAUUAUCUUCAAACUUUUUUUUUAAUCGUCAUCUUGUUGUUUUCUUCCAAUCUCAGUUUACCUAAUUAUCGUUGUGUAUGUUAAUUUUACUGAUUUGAUUUUUCAAUUUUUUUUUUUGUAAUUAUUGAAGCUAAGUAAAUCACUGAUUUUUCUUUUUGCUGCGGUGUCGGAACUAUUUCCGUGACCUAUUUUUUUUUUUAUUUGUAAAUUUGUAAUUGGGGAUAGCUUUGAUCUGAAGAAGAAUAGUUGCCGGAAAUUAUCUUUGUAUGUAUAAACUGUUGGAAAGAGGUCAAAAUCAGUUCAUUUUCCGGUGAUGUGAUGGCGGAUAGCCGGCGCUACGCACUGAAUGCUCAAUUAGAUAUCGAACAGAUACUUUUGGAAGCACAACAUCGGUGGCUGCGUCCUGCUGAAAUUUGUGAAAUUCUUCAGAAUUAUAAAAAAUUUCGCAUUGCUCCGGAACCUCCUAGUAGACCCCCAAAUGGUUCUCUAUUUCUUUUUGACCGGAAGGUGCUGCGGUAUUUCCGGAAAGACGGCCAUAACUGGCGAAAGAAGAAAGACGGAAAGACGGUGAAGGAAGCUCACGAAAGGCUCAAGGCUGGAAGCAUUGAUGUACUGCAUUGCUAUUACGCCCAUGGAGAAGAUAACGAAAAUUUUCAAAGACGCAGCUACUGGAUGCUUGAAGAGGAGCUAUCGCAUAUAUUUACUGCUAUGACAGAUAAUUAUCGAGGACAGAUGCCAGCUGUCCCUGGUAUGAAUUUCGGAUCAGUUAUGCAAGGAGAAAAAAAUAAAAAUCCAAUGGAUAGUGGUUUAACGUACGAGCUUCACCAAAACCUCGAGUUCCCAUUGUGGCAAAACGUUGUCGAAAGCAGUGCUGUCAAUUUUCAGCAAUCGCUUCCAUCGACCCAAACAAGUACUAUGGGCAUCAUGCCCGGACAAGAAAAUGAACUGCUGGAUCAAGUUUUUACGAAUUUGAUCAGAAAUAAACGGGAUUCCGGAAAUCAUUCUGAUGGUUUGGGAGAUUGGCAGGCUCCGUAUCGUGAUUCCUUGCACAUAUCAAAUUGGUCCAUGGAUCAGAAGCCAGAAGACAACCUGAAUUUAGGACAGAACACCUAUUAUACAUCCUCGAGACAGCCUCCGUUGUACGAUCAUACUACCAAACUAGACGGCGUCAGCCAAGCAGAAUUGUGCGGCUCGAUGGGUCUUUCUAAUAUAUAUCCACCCGAACAAAGCGGGCACCCUAUGGAAAACGAUUUCCAACUACACGAUUUGAAUGAUGUAGAAAGUUCCAUAAAAUCAGUGUACGAUAGAAACGUAAAUGUCGAGGAUAAAACCAGUUAUCCAGCAUUGAAACAGCCUCUAUUGGACGGCGUUCUUCUGCAAGGUCUGAAAAAGCUCGAUAGUUUUGAUCGUUGGAUGAGUAAAGAACUAGGUGACGUCACCGAGACAACUAUGCAACCUAGUUCGGGGGCAUAUUGGGAAACUGUCGGAAACGAAGAUGGAGAUGCUUCUGGUAUCUCCAAUCAAGUUCCUUUAGACAACUAUAUUCUCGCCCCCUCUCUCUCUCAAGACCAGCUUUUUACCAUUACCGACUUCUCCCCUAAUUGGGCAUAUUCCGGGUCGGAAAUCAAGGUCCUUGUUUCCGGAAGAUUCUUGAGGAGGCAAGAGGAGGUUGACAAGUAUAAAUGGGCUUGCAUGUUUGGCGAACUGGAAGUUCCCGCAGAGAUUGUAGGUGACGGUGUUCUUCGGUGCCACACGCCUUCGCACGACGCCGGAAGGAUCCCGUUUUAUAUCACGUGUUCCAAUAGGUUAGCAUGCAGUGAAGUACGUGAAUUCGAUUUCCGUACUAGGUCUGUUCAAGAUGUCGAUCUUAUGGACGGCGGCGGAACAAUUACUUCCGAUGAAACUCAUCUCUACACGAGAUUCGGUAAAUUGUUGUCUCUUGAAUCGGGCACCCCCAAAAACUCCUCCGUCCACAGCAAUGCAGCUGAAACCUCACAUUUAUGUAGUAAAAUCAGUCUGUUGCUAAAAGAUGACACCGAGUGGGAACAAAUGUUGAACUUUAGUAAACAGGACGAGUGUUCGGCAGAUAAGAUAAAGGAUCAGCUGCUACAAAAGCUUUUAAAGGAAAAGCUGCACGUUUGGCUUCUAGAGAAGAUUGCCGAAGGUGGAAAAGGCCCUAAUGUACUAGACGAUGGAGGCCAAGGGGUGCUGCAUUUCGCGGCAGCUCUAGGUUACGACUGGGCUAUACCACCUACCAUAGCUGCUGGGGUCAGCGUCAAUUUCCGUGACGCAAAUGGAUGGACUGCGCUUCACUGGGCAGCAUAUUACGGCAGAGAGCGUACUGUGGGCUUUCUCAUCUCUCUCGGUGCAGCACCUGGCGCAUUGACGGACCCCACUCCCAUAUAUACUUCGGGACGACCUCCUGCAGAUCUGGCGUCGAGCAACGGUCAUAAAGGCAUUGCCGGUUAUCUUGCGGAAUCUUCCUUGAGCACCCACCUAUGGUCGCUCGACUUGAAGGAAUCUAAAGAGAGUGAUAGUAACACCGUGGAAACAGUUUCCGAGCGGAUCGCGACUCCAGUUGGUUACGGCGAUCUGCCUCACGGCCUGUCGAUGAAGGACUCGUUAGCCGCUGUGCGUAAUGCAACGCAAGCCGCGGCUCGUAUCCAUCAAGUCUUUAGAGUACAGUCGUUUCAAAGGAAGCAGCUCAAAGAGUACGGUGAUAAUGAAUUUGGAAUGUCGGAUGAGCGUGCUAUUUCAAUUGUAGUUGGAAAGACCAAGAAAACGGGAAAGCACGACGAGCCAGUUAAUGCUGCUGUGAUACGGAUACAGAACAAGUUCCGCAGCUGGAAAGGUAGACGAGAGUUUCUGUUGAUACGUCAGCGCAUAAUUAAAAUUCAGGCUCAUGUAAGAGGACACCAGGUGAGAAAGAACUACGGAAAGAUAAUCUGGUCGGUCGGGAUAUUAGAUAAGGUAAUUUUGCGGUGGCGAAGGAAAGGAAGAGGAUUGAAAGGAUUCAAGCCGGAAGCAGUUGGUGCUGCUGGCACGAGCAUGGUUGAAACCGAAACGAAAGAGGAUGAUUUUGAUUUCCUAAAAGAAGGUAGGAAACAAACAGAGGAGAGGCUGCAAAAGGCUCUUGCUAGGGUUAAAUCAAUGGUUCAGUACCCGGAAGCUCGGGAUCAAUACCGCAGGCUGCUGAAUGUUGUCUCGGAAAUGCAGGAAACGAAGGCUGUGUACGAACAGAAGCUGAACAAUCCCGAAGUUGAUUUCGACGAUGAUCUAAUUGAUUUUCAAUCUUUGUUGGAAGAUGACACCUUCAUGCCAUCACCUUAGACUUUUUUACCCAAAAUCGCCACAUCAAGAAAGAAACAAAAAAAAAAACCCGGUAAAUUUGUGUGAUUAUAGGUUUCACGGGUUGACGACUGUUAUAUAUAUAUUUUACUAUUACUUGGCCGAUUGAUUUAAUCGUACAGUAUGUCGUGAAUGUUACUGAUGGUAGAAUAGGUAUUUAGAGUGUGUUCAUGUCUCUUAAAGAUCUCUGAUGGAAUUGAUAGUGCUAAUGUGAACUUUCAUUUAUUUACAUAUAUA